AUGCAGAUAUACAAGCCGCCAUCUGACUCCUGGAAGGAAGGAGGAAUGAAACUGAAGGGAGCAUCUCUCCUAGGAGGAGAGGCUGAGAGCUGGGACUGUUCUACCUGGGUGAGCAAGCCUGUAAGACACAAGCCCAACAACAAAAUCAUGGUAACAUCUGGAGGAACUGGCCGCUCUCCCCUCAGCAUUCUACGAGAUGAUAAUUCUCCCAGUACUCCUGUUCCUCGCCAGGGCAAGAAGCAUGUGUUGGGAGAGAACCUUGGGGAAAAGAAGGAGGUGACAGUGGACUUGAGCAGGAGCCUUAAAUCUGGGAACUGUGCUUGGAAUGACUUGAACAAAGAGAACCAACAGUGUCCUUUUGUGGAGAAUUAGAGAUUUCCUUUUUCAGGAUCUUGCUGUAAUUUGAGUUUUCUGUGGGAGAAAUCCUGCAAUAGACUGAAAUUCUAGAGCAGUGAUCAUAUUUCUUGUCUAUCCCUGUGGGGAAAGAUUACUCUCUCUUUCUGUCCCCCUCCUACUUUGCCAUGUCUUAUGUACAGCACAGACUUUGGCUCUUCUAUUGUACAUUGCUGUAUUGAUUUUUCUGUUGAUUUUUUUAUCUGUAGUAAAUAAAUUUGUGUUAAGCCUUUAG